AUGGACAGUGAGUGCCGCACUUCGAAUUAUAAUCACAAAGAGCAAUUUUAUGUCAGUCUAGAGAGUUAUUACGCCGAGAAACCAUCAAAAAAACCAUUCGAUAAAAAUCAGAUUGACUUAAUGAUAGUUGAAAUCGAGGCAGCAAAAACAAAAUCCACUAAAAAGACGAGGCGAGAGUAUAAUCUGCUAAAUAAAUAUGACGUUAUGCGUGUCACUAAUCAAUCAUUUUUAAUAAAAAAACACGUUGAUGCAGCAAUUAUAGAAUUUGUAGUUCCGUAUGAAGAGUUGUUUGAUAAAAUUUAUGACUUCCACGUGAAUAAAACUGGCCACGGAGGACGAUGCAAGAUAGAAUCUGCUUUUGCUGACAAAUUUCAAAUUCCUCGCCCACCGAUUGAAAUUUUUUUGUCUGGCUGUAAAAGCUGCAACGAAAAGAGAAAUUUACCAAAGAAACUGGUCGUUAAGCCUAUUUUAUCGAGUGACUUCUGUGAGCGAGGACAAAUUGAUCUAAUAGAUUUUCAAUCCCUACAAGAUGGCGACUAUAAAUGGAUAUUAAAUUAUCAAGAUCAUUCAACUAAGUUUGUAAUUCUGCGUCCCUUAACUUCGAAGCGAGCUCAAGAAAUAGCAUCUGAGUUAUUAUCUAUCUUCCUCUUGUUUGGUGCUCCGAAGAUAUUGCAAAGCGACAACGGCCGGGAAUUCGUUAACAGCGUAAUAGAAGAUCUUCACAAAAUGUAG